UGUUAUGAAGAAAACCAUUUUAUUAUGCAUUCUCUUUUUUCUCUUUUAGUCGAGGAAAACCAUUUUAUUAUUAGUGGUUGGAUGUUUCACGGUUUCUGUGUUGUUGCAGACGUUGCCAAUAGUAUUGUCAUUUUGUUUUAAUGAUUACUCUCAUAACUGUCCUUGAGGAAGUUACUUAGUGUUAUCAUAACAGUCUCUUGGGAAGUUAAUACUGGCUGCAACUUCUAUGAUCCAUCAAGGCAUAUUUCAUACAUGUUACAGCAAAAAUUGACAUAUCUAAGGAAGGCACACUGCAGUAAGAGGGAAGUGAGAUAUGUUUGCUACCACAGUGAGCCCGUCAAUGGGUUGUUGGAGAGACUGUUAUCUUUGAUUUAGGAUCAGGGGUAAGCUGAGGCGUUGGACAAGAUCAUAUUAAUGUGGUGCUGAGUUGUUAUACGGCGUCAGCAGGAAUAAAUUAACAUCGUCGACAAAGCUGCCGAUCUCAAGACCACUGAUUGUGAAUUUUCAAAUAGCAGUGAUAGUAGAGUUUAUGCUAAUAAAUGUAUGCUUAUUUAUCUGCAGCUUUUGUACAUUUUUCCAGCAACAAAAUGAACAUGUCAAUGCGGUUGUUGUCUUCUGAGUUCACAUGUCCUACAAGUGAAACCAAGCAGUGUAGGAAUGUGAAUUUUCUUUUGUCCAAAUCUUCGGUAAGAGUUUCUUCUUUCGUUAAUAAAGAUGUAUGUAAUUGCGAUGGAAGAAACGCGAGGGUGUGUUGUCAAUUGAUGCACGGGCAUUUAGAGGAGUCAUAUAGAAGAAAGAAAAGGGUACAAGUGUCUCUACCAAAGCCAGAUUUUGUGAGGACUUUGUUGAUUGAUAAUUAUGACAGUUAUACUUAUAAUAUAUACCAGGAGCUAUCUGUUAUUAAUGGUGUCCUUCAUGCUCAUUUUUUUCUAAUAUAGAUGGAUUAUAGCAUGAGUUACAUACUUACACAGUCUUCAUUCCAGUGUGGACGGGGAUUGGGAAGACGUAUACUAUGUGGGGUCCUGCCAAUUCUUUGGCUGAAGCAAAAGAGCAACAAGAACUUACACCCCGUGUUUUUGAAAGACUGUUUCCGCGCAUAAAAGAAGAGCAAACAAAGGAGCAAACAAAGCAUUCUGAUCAACAGUUCAAUUAUCAGUGCAACUGCUCUUUUCUUGAGAUAUACAAUGAACAAAUCACAUAUUUGUUGGAUCCAAGUCAAAGGAACCUUCAGAUUAGAGAAGAUGUCAAAUCAAGUGUGUAUGUUGAGAAUCUUACAGAGAAUCAAGUGUCUACGAUGGAGGAUGUUACUCAGCUUUUAUUGAAGGUUCAUCGAUGUGAUCAAUAUCGUAAGAACACUGUUGUUGGGAUUCUUCAAGCAGAGCAUGUGGUCAAUAUCCUACUCUCUAGAUCGGUGUUUGGCGACUAUCGGUUUCGAGGGGUGGUGAAAUAUCCAUAUCUCUUUUGGGGAUUUGAAGUUAUAUUCUGUUGGAUGUUAGUUGUGUAUCAGUGGUAGUGUUGGUGAUGG